AUGCUGUUCCCGGUUUACAUGGUCAUCGAACACUACGUGGCGGUGGUGCAUCCCAUGACCUACCUGAGCCUCAAGACAGGGAGAGGUCGCCUGAUCCGGAACAUCUCCACUGGACUGGCCUGGGUUUGUGACAACAUGACCAACACUUCUGUGACCUUUGACGUGAUUCUGAGGGUCCAAGCGUCCAUCUUCUCCCUCGUCGUUAUCCUCCCUCUCUGUGUCUAUGUCCUUCAUUUGGGAUUCAAGCAAUGGAAAUCCAAGAAGCAUGAUCCGUCUUGGUUCGUGAACUACUCCGACUUCUUUGCUUACAACGUCGCCGUCAUGGAGCUUGUUGGAUGUGCAGGAUACUUUGCUCUUCUGUUCAUUAUUUUUUAUGAUUAUGAGAAAAGCAUGGUCUUUUAUGAGCUGGGAAGUUUUGCAUGGUACGGACAAUUUCUGUUCCCUGUUUUUACGGUCCUCGAACACUACGUCGCAGUGGUGCAUCCCAUGACGUACGUGAGCCUCAAGAAGGGAAGAGGAAUCCUGAUCCGGAACAUCUGCUCAGGACUGGUUUGGGUUAUCAGUUCUGUUCUAUUCUACAUUGCAACUCAAACUGGAUUUGAGUCUGCUCCUGCCGCUGCUUUAUCUGCAGCGAACAGGGAAGAUCAAGCCAUGUUGGAGAAGACUUAG